AUGGAGAACUUCUCACUCCUCAGCAUCUCUGGACCUGGAAUCUCUUCCUGUGCCCUGAGCACUUUUCCUGAUACUAUGUCCUCACAUGCCACCAGCUUGCCAGACAUUGCUAAGGCUGCGUUACCCACGGAGGGGUCCAGCCCAGCACAGGCCCUGCCACCUCAGUACCAAAGCAGCGCUCUCCGGCACGGCGUGGUUAACACAGUGCUCUUACCAGACUGCAUCUUGGGGGACCCCCAGAAUGAGGAGCAGCUGAGACGGAACUGCAUUAUCUACCGGCCCUGGUUCUCCCCUUACAGCUACUUCGUAUGCACGGACAAAGAGAGCCACCUGGAGGCCCACAGCUUCCCAGAGGUGCAGCGGGACGAGGGCAGUGGGGACAACUGCCUUCCCGAAGACAUGGCGGAAAGCAUCUGCUCAUCCUCUUCCUCUGCAGAGAACCCCUGCCCCCGAGAGGCCACCAAGAAAUCCAGGCACGGCCUGGACUCCAUGGACUCCAUCACAUCCCGGGACAUCCUAAUGGCCUCCAAGUGGCACCCAGCUCAGCAGAAUGGCUACAAGUGCGCGGCCUGCUGCCGCAUGUACCCCACCCUGCACUCCCUCAAGAGCCACAUCAAAGGGGGCUUCAAGGAGGGCUUCAGCUGCAAGGUGUACUACCGCAAGCUCAAAACCCUCUGGAGCAAGGAGCAGAAGGCCCGGCCGGGAGACAGGCUCUCCUCCGGUAGCUGCCAGGCCUUCAAGUAGCCCUGAAGGAUGGUGGCAGCUGCCUUGUUAAAGUGGACCCCUCAGGUUAACAGGGGCUGAAGCCUAUUCAUGUCUCUAGAGAGAUGUCAAUAAACCGAA